AUGGAAAACGACAUGGGCUGUAAGUCACUGGACGCAUACAGGAACUUGGAAGUCUUUUACAACCAGGGAGAUGUGAUCGCUACCAUUGACAACAUUAAGACUGGCUGGGAAAUAGAAGAAAAGACAUCAAAGGAACAGAAAAUCCCGAAGACAGCUGUAUGGAAGUUUCCUACAAACUCUGUGACCUUUGACCUCAUGCGGGAGACCAACCAUGGAGCGACAGCGAGUGGUUCAAACCAGUCCGACAAAUCACUACCUGGAUGCGAUGGCUUUGUUUACCAACUUAAAGCUGAUUCGACCAAAUCGAGUUCGGAGGGACACAAAGCUCGUCUCUCAGUUAGACCAAAGGAAGGAAAAUGUUCACUACCAACGGUAUUCCCUGACACUAAGCGUCCUGUAGAAGACACCUGUCGGAUUUGCCACAAAAACCCACCUUCGAAUGACGGAAUCUGCACUACCUGCAGGGUAAAACUAAAAGAGGCUUUAACAAAGAACACUGGUAAAGAGACGGAUGGAGGUUUCGGUGGUCUAUCCAAGAAAACAGUGAUGGAGCUUUUACGCUUGCUGAAAGAUGAAAGUGACGGCAGAUGCAACUGGAUACGUCUUGCUGAAGAGAUAUUCGGCCUGGGAACCAAGUUGAUUGAUUCGCUUCGCCGAGGAAUGGCUAAUCCAGUUAUAGAAGUAUUGAAGUUAUACUUCUCGUGCAAGCGAGAGGAUGGCGUUCCCAAUCAAGAUGCGGUUGGGAGUCUUCUCGAGGUUUUCAAUCGUCUUGAUAUGAAAGAAGCCGUUCAAAUUGUGCAGGCUGAACAGAAUACGCAAUUAGCUGACGAGAAGUUAUUCUGGCAACUGGCUGAAAAACUGGGUCCGGAGUGGGAAAAGUUAGCCGCGUUUCUGAAGAUCUCAUCUGACGAGGUAUACAGGAUCAAGAGGAAUAAUGUAGAACAGGUCGAGAAGCAGAUCGUCACCAUGCUUGUACUUUGGAGGAAGCGGUGCGUGGUCAACGGAAACGACUGGAAAUGUAAACUGGCUGAACAGCUGGAGGAAGUCAAGCUACCCGCUUUGGCCGAGUUCGUUAUUGACUAUGCUCCAUCACCAGAAGUUAAGGACUCUGCAAACAAAGAGCAAUUCAACAGCUGCAAAGAAGCACAACAGGAUGGUUGA